AUGUUGGAUCAAGCCUUGGAAGACAACAUUUCUGAAAAUGAUGAAGAAGAAAGCUUUUUUCAAGACGUAGAUAUUUUGCAAAAACAUGGCAUAAAUGUAGCAGAUAUUAAAAAACUAAAAGGCGCAGGAAUAUGCACUGUUAAGGGAAUUCAAAUGUCCACUAAGAAAAAACUAUGUAAUAUCAAAGGUUUUUCAGAAACAAAGGUGGAAAAAAUUAAAGAAGCUUGUUUAAAAGUAAUAACCCUUGGUUUUAUGACAGCUUUAGAAGUUAGUAAUCGACGUAAGCAAGUAUUCAAAAUAAACACAGGAAGCGUAGAACUUGACAAGCUCCUUGCAGGUGGAAUAGAAUCAAUGGCUAUUACAGAAGUAUUCGGUGAAUUCCGUACUGGUAAAACACAAUUAUCUCACACAUUGUGUGUUACUACACAAAUACCCAAUUCGUCAGGCUAUAGCGGUGGAAAGGCUGAGCUCCUAGACUAUGUCGCUGCAAAAUUCCACGAAGAAGCCGGAGUGUUCAAACUGUUGGUCAUAGAUUCUAUUAUGGCGUUAUUUCGUGUGGACUUUUCUGGACGCGGUGAACUAGCCGACCGCCAACAGAAAUUAGCACAAGUCUUAUCUAGACUACAAAAGAUAUCAGAAGAAUACAACGUUGCUGUAUUCAUAACAAACCAAAUGACCGCCGACCCAGGAGCAACUUUAAGUUUUCAAGCAGAUCCCAAGAAGCCUAUUGGUGGAAAUAUAUUAGCGCACGCUUCAACUACAAGGAUAUAUCUCAGAAAAGGACGCGGCGAAAAUCGUAUUGCUAAAAUAUAUGAUUCGCCAGAUUUGCCUGAAAGUGAAGCUACGUUUUCUAUAACCAAUGGUGGUAUCGCAGAUGCUAAAGAC